GCACAGAUCCAUCAAUGGGUCAAACUCCAAGACGGGUGAUGAGUUCAGCGCAGACGUUCCCGUAUGAGGAAUUGAGGAACAAGCAGCAGUCCUCGUGGUUACCAUUAAUAGUCGUUCUUCGCUCUUAUCUCACUUCCUGAAUGUGACAGCGUUACCCGAGCCAAGCUACUUUGUCAAAGCGUUACUUCAUAACACCUGGGCUUCGGAAAGUGCUACUUAAACGAGGUUCCCAUUGAGUCGUCUCAGGGCUUUGCUAGCACAACUUCUGAAGAGCAACACAGCUUCUCACAGUUAACCUUUGCCAUGGCACUGGUGGAGAUUAUCCGGCUCUGGGAUGAAGCAGUGGCCGUAGCUGAGAAAGAAGACUGGAUGGGAGCCCUUCGGCUGCUUGGUGAUGUUCAGGAGCCGAACUCCAAAAUUCACUUUAAUAUCGGCUGCCUUUGCCUGAGUAAUGGGAACUUUCAAGCUGCUGAGACGGCAUUUGACAGCAGUAUUGCCAAGGAUGAACAUUUGGCAGUGGCCUUUUUCCAAAGAGGUAUAACAUUUUAUAAAAAUGAAAAAUAUGAAGAAGCAUUAUGGGAUUUUCAAAAAGCUUUCUUCGAAUUACGUGGAAACCAGCUGAUUGAUUACAAAUUACUUGGACUGAUGUAUAAAUUGUAUGCCUGUGAGGUUCUUCAUAAUGUUGCAUUGGCUCAUGCACAGCUCAGUGAAUGGGAGAAGGCGGAGGAGAACCUGUUAAAGGCCUUGAACCUCAAAACAGAAGCAAAACACAAGCAUAUCGACCGGGCCUUGGAGUCCAUUUUGAAACAGAAGCUUUUUAAUCUUGUUGAACUGCCACCUGGAGUCCUGUUCAAACCAAACAGGCGUUACGUUGCUCAGCUGGAGACAAAGGACUAUCUAGGAAAGGCAAAGGUAGUAGCCUCAGUUGUUCACCAAGAUGAAUUUUCUGGAUUUGCUCCACUUCAGCCUCAGGUGCAGGUAAUUCCUUCCAGACCAAAAACUCCUGAAAUUCUAAGGGCUUUAGAAGGUGAACCUCACCGUGUUCAAUAUGAAUUCCUGUCUGAAACACCAGAAGAAUUGUCAGUGUUACCGGGAAACAUCGUUUUUGUCUUGGAAAAGGCGGCUGAUAACUGGGCAACUGUCAUAUUCAAUGGAAAAAAAGGACUGGUCCCUUAUAACUUUCUGGAACCUGUGGAGCUUAUUAAAGGUGCCAAGCAGGAUACGGAAGGCGAUACAAUCCCAGCACCACCGACAUCAGAUCCACCAGACGUGCCAGUGAGGAAGUCAGUGAGACACUUAAAUAAAAUGAAGCCUUCAAAUACUCAGCAGGAUGAACAGGAAGAAAUGAAACUGUGCACAGUGAAAAUACACUUCAUGUACACUGUGGCAAUUCAAGUGAAGGUGGGUCUCCCUUACAGCGCCCUUCUUGAGAAAGUCAGCAAGAAAUUGGAACAACCACCAUCAACAAUAGUGCUGAGGUACAAGAAUACUGGUAGUGAUGAGAAACUGACCGUAGACCACUCAGAAAUGGGUACUUUAUGGAACCAAGUGCAGAAUGGACACCUUGUUCUUUGGUGUGAGCUGACAGAGAAAAAAGAAAAUGAGCUAAAAAAUAAUCAGUUUGUAGCUCUUUAUCGCUAUGAAGCAGUACAACCAGAAGAUCUAGAAUUUCAGGCUGGAGACAUCAUCAGCGUCCUUUCAAAAGUCAAUGAAGACUGGUAUGAAGGAGAGUGCAAUGGAAAAGUGGGAAUAUUUCCAGCUGGGUUUGUUAAAGAAUAUUUUGUGCACAAUCAACAUAUGAUUCUGAACAUAAGUUAGUAUUUAAAAGAAUGUUAAAUGUUAUUCCUAUACAUGUGGUACCUUCACAUGAAGGCAUCUUUUGUUCUCAUAAUAUCCGAUAAAAAUAUUUAUAGAGUCAACUGUAUUUUGUAAGUGUAACAAUAUUACUACUACUACUACCACCAUUACAUUUGAUCAAAUUACAAGGAAGAUGUUUCAAAGGAAACUUUGGAUUUUAAUUUUGUCAGUCUAAAUAUAAAAAAAUAAACUAGAACUUACAGAUUUCAUAGACAGGCAGAUAUUCAUAUCAUUUAAUUACAGUUAAGUGAAUUCCCGUAGAAUUUUCUCUUGUAAAUUUGUAAUUGGACUGUUGCUUUAUAUCUAUAUAAUGUAUAGAAAUUGGUGAGCAUUUAUGUCAUUUAUACUGAUUAAUUUUUUUGUAAAUAUUUCACUUGUACCAUUAGUUUGAGAACUGAAUACUGUAUAUUCCACACAAGUGUUCAAAUUAAACUUACUUUUUAUAGUUGACUAAC